AUGUCUAACGCUGCACAAUGGGAUGCUCUUGGUAUGAAAAUAGCCUAUGAGGAGGCUGCCAAAGGCUUUGAAGAAGGUGGUGUGCCAAUUGGUGGUUGUUUGAUCAACAACAAAGAUGGUACUGUUCUGGGCCGCGGCCACAACAUGAGAUUCCAAAAGGGUUCUCCUACCCUACACGGUGAGAUCUCUACUUUGGAGAACUGUGGUAGACUAGAGGGUAAAGUUUACAAGGACACCACUUUGUACACUACAUUGUCUCCCUGUGAUAUGUGCACUGGUGCCAUCUUGCUAUAUGGUAUUCCAAGAUGUGUCAUCGGUGAGAGCGACAACUUCAAGAGUCCAGGUGAGGAAUAUUUGAAGAGCAGAGGUGUCGAAGUUGUACAAAUGAAUGACGAGCCAUGCAAGGCCAUCAUGAAGAAGUUCAUCGACACCAGACCUCAGGAUUGGUUCGAAGACAUUGGUGAGUAA